AUGAUCCCCGCCAUGCGAAGCCGUACCCUGCGGCAGGCCGCUUCCGCCGCCGGCCCCCGCACCAACCUCGCCCAGCUUGGGGGUGCGGGCCGCCGAACGUUUGCGCAGGUCUCUGACGCUGCCGCUGUCCCCGGCAAGACGGGUUCGGCUGCCGACGUCGAGCCGUACCUGCUCGAGGAGCUGCCUGCCGUGCAGGCUGGCGACAAGGACGCCAUCUCCAAGCUCCCUCCCUUCGUCAUUUCGCGCGAGCGCGGCUUCCUCCCGCGCGAGGACCCCAUGGCCAAGAUGCCUGAGGCGUUCGCCGGCCUCUCGUCCCUGCUCGACCGCAUGACCAUCCACCAGCCCGCCGACGCCAACGGCCACCGCGCCACCGGUCUGCUUGGCACGGGCGACUUUGGCGCUGCAGUGCUUGACGAGCUCAAGCCCGACGGCAAGGAGGCCAAGGCCGUCGAGGCCGCCAUCGAGUCGGGCAACUCUCACCUCCUCGCUGCGCUCUUCCGCGACUACUGCUUUGCCACCUCGGCGUACCUGCUCGAGCCCGUCGACCGUGCGUACCGUGAGACGGGCUUCUACACCCAGGGCCGCAACGUGCUGCCCGCCCAGCUCGCCGUGCCGCUCAAGAAGCUCGCCGAUAAGCUCGGCCACUUCCCCUACAUGGAGUACGCAUCGUCGUAUGCGCUCGUCAACUAUCUCUGCAAGGAUCCCAACUACAAGGGCACCGCGGGCAAGUACUCGUUCGACAACAUGGAGCUCAUCCGCUCCUUCGAAGACGCCUCGGGCUCCGAGCGUGGCUUCAUCCUCGUCCACGUCGAGAUGGUCAGCUACACGGGUAAGCUCGUCUCGGCCACCGAGGAUGCGCUGCGCGCGUGUGCGGCCAAGGACGCAGCUGCGUUCGAGGACGCGUUCGAGAGGCUGCUCGUGACGUACAGGCAGAUCAACGAGUCGAUGGAGACGAUGUGGGCACGAUCGCUUCCUGCCGACUACCUCAAGUACCGUAGCUUCAUCUUUGGCACGGGCCCCAAGAAGAUGAAUGCCAUGUUCCCCGAGGGUGUCGUGUACGAGGGCGUGUCCGAGGAGCCCCAAUUCUACCGUGGCGAGUCGGGCGCCAACGACUCGAUCGUCCCCACGGGCGACAACCUGCUCGAAAUCACCGCGCACAUGCCCAACAAUGACCUGACCAAGACGCUGCGCGACUUCCGCAGCUACCGUCCCAAGAACCAGCGCGAGUUCCUGCAGCACCUCGAGGCGCGUGCCACGCUGGCUGGCGUUCGUGGCUUUGCCAUGAGCAGCAGCCCGCGUGCCAAGGCGCUGUACGUGCUGCUCGUGGACCAGAUCCGCGAGUUCCGCAACCGCCACUGGAUGUUCACCAAGUCGUACAUCAUUCAGCGCACGACGUACGACAUUGCGACCGGCGGCAGCCCCAUCCUGCAGUACCUGCCAAACAACCUCGCCACCGUGCUCAAGGUGCUCGAGGAGAGCUUCGAGGAGCUCACCGCAGCCGAUCGACAGGCUCUGGGCAACGAGGCGGCCAAGAAGCAGGGACAGAGGAUCUCCAACGUCGAGCUGCUCGAGAACGUCACUGCGGCCGGCAAGCGUGCCGGUGCGCAGAGGAGGAUGCUCGAGCGCGAGGUCGCCGAGCUGCUCGCCGAGAAGGAGAAGCGCAUCCAGAGUCUGGGCGGCGACCAGGAGAGGGGCAGAGGCAUGCUUGGCGAGCCCAAGAGCAUGAAGCGCGGCGCCGUUGGUUGCGACGGUGUCGGCUGA